UGGUCUGGGUCUGCUGUGAUGUUAUUUGCGACUUGUCACGUCAAUGUCAAAAUAACAAAACAACACGCUUAAACUACACUUUUGUGUUAUAACUACAUUUUCGUAACAUUACUAAUAAUACGAUAACAUUGAAAUGCGUAAAGUACAUGGGAAUGAUUCUUUUCAGCGAGUAAAUUAUUUAUAUCAAAUAAGUAAAUAUAUGGCGGGUAAAAAUCCCGCAUUAUCUUCAUAUUAUGGGAACCUCAUUAUCAAUAUUGGAAAGAAAAAUGUCUUAAAAAUACAUCCGGAUAUAAAAAGGCAGGUUUGUAAAAAGUGUCGUUGCAUACUUGUCAAUGGUGUUUCUGCCAAAAUGCAAUUGAAAACAAAAAAUAAAAGAAAGUCCUUGCAAUGGAAGUGUAACACUUGUGAAACAUCAAAGACAUUUCCGUUGGACAAGAACAGGGAGCGCCUGGUGUGGCUGGAGCGGGCAGAAGCGGUUGUUGAAGUUAUUGCUUAGGCUUCAAUACACAAUUGUGAGGUGCCCACAGUGUGGUGGACAAAGGGAACUGCAGACUGCACACUGUGAGAUCACAGCGGCCUGCUAUAGGAUUGACAUAAUAAAACUAAUAAAAUAA